AUGUGCGAUCCAUAUAAAAGCUCCUAGUCGGGUAGCUCAGUACGCAUUCAACGAGAUUUCCUUGUCUAAGCAGCAAUGGCAGCUAAGUUGGUUGUAGUUCUCGCCCUGGUAGCUUUGGCCCACUGCUCAGUGGUACCAGUAGCGAAAGUAGACACCGACUACACAAGCUUCGCCUACGAUGUUGCUGACCCCUACACUGGCGAUUACAAGAGCCAAGUUGAGACCCGCGUCGGUGGUGUCGUGAAGGGACAGUACUCUCUCCUAGACUCUGACGGUACCAAGCGUACUGUGGACUAUGCCGCUGAUGAUGUAAACGGAUUCAACGCUGUCGUGCGCAAGGACCCCGCUGUUGUUGCCACACCCGUUGUUGCCGCUGCUCCCGCUGUCUCCACACAGGUGGUUGCAGCCGCUCCCGUCGUAUCUGCAGUUGCCCCAACUGUCGUCGAUGCCCGCACUGUUGCCGCACCGGCUGUUGUCGCCACCCAUAGUUACUCUGUUCCCACUGUCUACGCGGCUUCCGCUCCAACUGUUGUUGCUUCCCACACCUACACUCCCACAGUCUACGCUGCCACAUCCCCAGCUGUAGUAGCUGCCCGUUCAUACGCCACCCCAGCAGUCUACGCUGCCUCAGCCCCUCUUGUAUCCACCCACGCCCUCUCAGCCCCAACAGUCUACACUGCCUCUGCCCCCGGUUUAAUCAGCGCUCGUGCUUUCGCCUCUCCCUACUACGGUUAUGCUGCUCCUUACUACGGUUACGGCGUGCACUCUGCCCCUCUCAAAUACUGGAAGUAAAUUCAUAAACCUUUUUAAGGUGUUCUAGAUUAAGUAUUAAACGAAAAUGACUUGUAAAUAAUAUUAUGUACAUAUGCGUAUGUAUUAAAUUAAACGACCUUUUUAAAUACUC